CCAGUUUAAAAAAAAAAAUCGAAGAGAAUAUUUUGAUUUUUGCAUUUUUAAUAAUUCUAAAAAAUAUUAAUUACAUUCGUUACUAACAAGAAAAACAAGUAUUAUAAUUUGAAAUUAAGUAUGUCACGCCAUUUAGCAGAUGCUGCAAAAAAGUUCCUGUUAUUAGGCCAAUGUGUUCCAACUGUUAAACAAAAUGCAACUAAAAUACGCGUAAAGAGGUUAGAAUUGGACGAGAAUUUGCUAAUGUAUUUUAGAAAAGAUGAUUUCUAUUACUGUCAUGAUCCUGAAAAGAAAUGUAAUACUGGGGACAUCGUUCUGAUACAAGCCCUACCACGAAAACUUACUAAAUUAAUAACACACGAAGUCAAGGAAGUUGUAUAUCCAUUUGGAGAUAUCACAGAUCCCGUUACAGGUAAAAAAGUAGCCAAAGAGAGGUAUCGUGAAGAUAUUGACAGGGAGGCAGAAAUAUAUGGAAAAUUGAAGUCUGGCUUUGAUUAUAACAAAGCUCCUCCUAGAGGUUGGCAGGAUGGCAAAAAAGAUUUCACCUCGAAACCAACAUACACCAAAUUCCAUGUGUUUGAUGAAAAUGACCCAUAUGCUGUGUAAUUUGUAUAUAUCAGCCGAUGGACGUCAACGCUUUUUGUAGGAUACAUCACAAUCCUGAGCAGCCUAUCCAAUAAAUCCCUGUGACUUGUUUAUGUCGUCAGUCUACCUGGUGAGGGGUUGAUCAACACUGUAUUUUGAUGUGUGGGGUUGCCAUUCCAGCACCUCAUGACCCCAACGUCCAUUGGCUACUUAAAGACUCGGAAAUUUUAAUUAGAAUAUAUAACAUAGACAGUUGUAAAUAGUAAUUAAAAGUAGGACUUGUUUUA